AUGAACUACCGUAUUUCAAUUAUUACACUCCUUUUUAUCUUAGCACAAAUUUUUGCCAUCGAUGCACGUCAUAGGCACGUUUGUACUGUUACUACAGCUAUUCCCAAAACUGUAACCCUUACCACUUGUAAUAAAACAACACCUACUCAGACCUACGAAGUUCCGGAAUAUCCUCACUUUAAAAAAUAUUGCAAAACGACAACAACAGUUACUAUUUCUCCAACAGUCACCCAUUGCGCGACUUGUUGCGAAAUUUCUGGUGGUCCUGGAUGGGAAAACACGAUUCUAAUUGGUAAAAAUACCGUAACUUAUACAGAUGAUACAACCCCCCAAGAUUGCUGUAAAUCAUGCAUGGCUGAUUCAAAAUGUGCACAAUGGGCAUUUGUCUUUUCUGAAUGUCAACAUAAUGUGGGAACUACGUGUCAGGGUCGACGUGUUGCACAUGAAAAUAGUGGCAUUAUGCGUUGCACUGGUGAAGGUUGUUAUCCCAAAUAUAAAAGCUAA